AUGAAUGUUUCAACAUCUACAUCUGGUAUCAAGAGAAGAACAGUGAAGACUUUGAAUGAAGAAGAAGAAAAUGCUGCUAAUCUACAGCUUGGUUCAGAAUUUGAUAUAAGACAAUAUGAUCAUGAUGGUGAACCAAUGGAUCUUAUUGCUUUGAAUUUAUCAGAAGCAAGAAUCAUUAUUAGAAGUGCAUUGAAAGAAAGAAAGAAGAUUAUGACACCAAAUGGUGAAUUUAGAGAUCAACCUUUAGAAACCUUGGAUCAAGAUGACGAAAAUGAUGAAGCAAAUAGUAAUGAUGACGAUAACAAUGAAAUAGCCAAAGCAGCAAUAGCGGUAGGAGCAAAUGAGGUUUUAAAGAAAACAUUAGAUCAUUUGAGUACAUUUUCAAGAUUUAGAGAUACACAAACAUGUUCAGCGGUGGAACAAUUAUUAAAAUCACCAGAAAAUUCAAAUUUACAUCCUUUCGAAUUAGCUCAACUAGGUUCAUUAGCCUGUGAUGAUGUUGAUGAAGCUAAAACUUUGAUACCUAGUUUAACGAAUAAGAAAACUGAUGCUGAACUACAAAACAUAUUGAAUCAAUUAUCAAGAUUAGAAACACCAUAUUAA